GCCUACAAUAGAAAUAAAUCUCCAAAGACAAUAGCAGCAGCAAUAAUAUAGUAAGUUCCCUCUAUUGGAGUAUUCGUUCAUAAUAUUUUGUAUCGAGACCAACUGACAACGAAAUACAGUCUUUAUUCCUCAUGGCUUACACAUUCGUCUUGCCUUGCAGAUCGAUCUCUCAUGGCCUGACCGACCUCUAUUUCAAUGAUGAGCAAGUCAAUGUUACGGGUCAAGAAAGCGAGUACGAUGCAGAUGUAGAGACCACCGACGUCGAGGAAGAAGGGACGCGAUGCGAAAUCAUCAAACCAAUCACUGCAAUCACUACAGCAACAAAUUCCCUAGUCAUCGCUUGGAAACCCCUCAAUACUACACAAUCGGGUAUCCCAGGGGCUGAGGUUGCUCAGGUUGAUAUCUUAGCUCAAGCCAAUAUUAUUCAAGGUGGAAGUUGGCGAGCUAUUCAUACUUCGCAGAUCCAACAUGCUCAAACCAGUCUUCCUCGAUUUGGUGGCUGGACACCCAUUAACAAUCCACCAAUAAACUCUUUGCAGACCAGCCUCACACAAACGGAGACAUCAGAAACCGAAGAUACUCAAUCUAACACCAUUCAUCCGAGUGGUUGGUCGGUCAUCAGUGGCUCGCAGACCGAUACUUCCCAAGCAACCAGUGUUGAGCCAGAUGAGCCAUCCAGUUACCCCCAAAUUUGGAAGACCUUGCAUUUGCGUUCGCAUAAGACAGCAAUUUCUGCCAUGACAAACAUAGUUGAUGCGCCCCCGCUCAAGAUCCAAUUCAGAAAAUACAAGAAAGAAUACACCUCCACGGCCGCCCAAGAACAAAUCAAAUGGUUCAGAUACCGCAUUGCAUACUUGAAUAUGGGCAAGAUGCUUGAUGUCGAUACUGACAUGGCAGAUAUAAAAUCAGAAUGGGGCAGAUUGAGGGAGAGACGGAGAUGGUUGAAGCAAGAAAUGUUGAGAAUCAAGAAUCUUUAUACAAUGGCAAGACGCAGACGUCAAGAGCGCAUGGAGUAUGACUUGAGGGCAAGUUAUGAUAUUGCGUUCAUCAAGUCACUUAGGGAGAAUUGAAGGAUGCCGAGGAAAUGAAAGGACAUUAUUUUCGAGAAGUAGGAGACCCGAGGUGCAUACAUCCAGCAAAUAUCUUUUUUGGUGUAUCAAAGGUCUUUUACCAGCCGUGUAUGGUGGAAUAUGAGAAAUUAUCGACAAUUAUUAGCAUAGGGGAUAUUCCAAGACGAAUAUGGGUAACAAAUAUAACAUACCAGACUACUGUUUAUUCA